UGUGAAUCACGUCACAUCUCACAUCAAAUCACGACGAAGAACGAUGUGGUCGGCAACUGCGACAACCAGGACGAGGGCCAGUGGUGAUGGUGGACCGGCGAGGUUGUUAUUAGUUGGUGUGGUCAUGGUCGUGGGCGCGAUCAGUCUAAGCGCCAGCGGUGUGGGCGUUGCUGCAGGCAAGCCCAAGACGCCUGCCGAGAUUUGUGCCCCCAUGACGACUCACCCAGAGCGCGUUAACCAAACCCAGCGUGCGCUUCGACCGUUUUGGCUUCAUGUGCCAAAGUGCGGCACCACCUUCUCCGUCACCAUGGGCCAGGUGCACUGUCCCGAGGCGCGAAUCACGGAGCCCGUCAUCAGCACCAACAAAAUCCUGAAGACCCCCGCGUGCAAGAACAGGUUCGCUCGCCUAACGGACCCGCAUGACGGCCUCGUGCUGUCGGAAACCAAGCGCAUGGUGGUCAUGCUGCGUGACCCGCUGGACCGCGUCAUCUCGGGCUACCUGCACAAGUUCCACGACUGCAAGUCAAUGCAACUCAAGUACUGUGGUGCAGCAUACUGGGACAGGUGCAACACUCCACCGCCACAGGUUUUGAACAGCAACCCCGACACGGUAUUACAAUACGCCAAGUGCGUCCAGGGCUUGGCCACGCACAUGCUGAAUGGGCACCACUCCCGCGACCGCAACUUCCAGGCGCCGACGCCACACGAAGUCCUGGCUGCUGCGAAGCGGUUGCAGGAGGCAGCGUUUGUUGGCAUCCAGGAAGAGUGGAACAAGAGCGUGUGUCUGUACCGCGCCAUGUUUGGGGAAGGGGGAAUGACAGACGUUUCCUUUGGCGUUGCCCGGCCGUCCAAGUAUCCUGAGAACAAGAACAAGGUGCGCAAGCUGCUGAAGGACGCCGACUGGUUUGAUACUGCCGACAACCUCGUGUACCAUGCCGCCUUGGAACGGUUCAAGAACGACUCCUUGCACUUCCUCGGCGAAUGAGCGUGAUGUGUGCAUGUGUGCGUGUAAGUGUGAUGAGUGCAUGUGCGUAUAUAAGCGUGUGCGUGUGAUGCGAGUGUGUGUUUGGGCGUGAUGUGUGCGUGUGAUGUGUGUGUGUGUGGAUGUGUGUGAUGUGUGUGUGUGUGUGUGUGUGUGUGUGUGUGUGUGUGGAUGUGU